CGACGACUCGAGCCAUGCCACACCACCGGGAUACGCCAUCGGGACUCCUCGCUCUACCGCCGUGCCUUGAACUCCGUACCUCCAGUUCCUCCGCAAUCACAAACCAGAGGCGUGCCUGGGUACCAAGUCAGUUACUCGUCACCCUUGUGCACACACACAGGUACUUGGUGGACUUGACACAGAAAAAAAAAGUCAAGACACACCCCCCUCCUCGCCCCUCCCCCCGGUCAAGGUGCGAGCGGCCUUACUGCGACUCCGCUGUUCUCUUCUCGUCCACACUCCCGUCCCUAUCGGCGUCUUCCAACUGCACUCGUCCCCAUAUACAUAACCGUCCCCGUGCCCUUCCUGUUGCUGGCAAUGAGACUUGCUGAAGACGACCCGUCUUGUCUCUCGCUCGCACAUACACACGACACUGUCCCCGAUCCUCCCAUCACACAUCUCUCCUUCACCCCAUUGCUGGUCAAGCAUCAACCUUCACCACCUCGGUCAUACACUUCAGCCGCUAUAUCGAUUACGAACCUGGGACUCGGGGCAGACUUGCCGACUUCUUCACGACGCUGGCCUUCGCCCUGACCUCUCACGAACCCGGCUUGCCUGCCGUUUCCUACCUUGAAAGCCAUUCGAUAGCCGCGCCCCGAUCCGGGACCCGGACCCCACGACUGUUGUGUGGAAAUGACUGCUCCCCUCUCGCACCAGACCGUCACUGUCAAGGACGCCGCCGCUGUUCGCAAGCGCAGAAGACGUGCUCCUGCCGGGGGUGCUUCCGAUGAUUGCUUCACAUGCUCCAAGCGAAACGUCAAAUGCGACCGCCGGCGGCCGUACUGCUCCCAAUGCCUCGAGAUUGGCAACGAAUGCUCGGGUUAUAAGACCCAGCUGACCUGGGGCGUCGGAGUUGCCAGCCGGGGCAAACUGCGUGGCCUGUCCCUGCCCAUCGCAAAGGCGCCUCCAGUCACCCGUGAGCCCAAGAAAUCGCCCGUCAGCCGAUCACGGUCCAACUCAACGGCUCCCAUUGUGUCUGCACACUGGGGUGAACAUGAAGACCAGCGGAGGUCACACCGUGGUCCCAUGGACAUUCCGCCUCUCUCCCACAUGUCCGGAUCAAGUCCAGCGACUCCUUAUCCUGGAUCCGGCUACGAGUACCUCUCCAUGUCUCACCCAGAGACCGUCGUGCCGCAUGGCAGUUGGGGCAGCGUCCAUUAUGCUUCCAACAUGGUCCACUCUCCCGACGCGACGCCCAAGUACUCUAAGUUCCCCUUGCCUCUCAUCACCGACGGGCUCUCGUCGGUCGAUUCGGUCAGCGAUGUCGACUACCUCUCGCCUCUCAGCCAGUCCUACUCCCGCGAAGAGAUGCCGUUUGGCAGCAAUCACUCCGUCAUCUACGAUGGGUACCCCGCCAACCAGCAAAACUCACCCGUGCCGCAAAGCCCGCCCUCAGCGCUCGUUCUUGACCACAGCAGGGCGCCCACGUCAUGUCCGGGCCUCGUCUACGCCCCUUCCGAACCAAGCUCCAGUCUCCCCUCCCAUCUGGAUCACUUCGACGCACACCUGGGCCACAAGCUGAUGCGGGAGUGUGACCCCCUCACAGGUGUCCCUCCAGUCGACGCGUUUGCCACAAGCCCCAAUCCUGCUGGCACAAUGUGGACGUCAUCUCACAGUCGGGACGAGGACCUGCACUCCCCCCAAUCGGAGCCCGCACAGGCUCGAUGGCCCGGCCUGCGAGGAGGAAAUACCCUGCGAGUGAGCCCCGACCUGGUGGCGCGCAUGCCUUUCUUUAUGGACUAUUACAAGAACACCAUGGCUCCGUCCAUGGUGUACAUUGAUGGCCCGCACAACCCUUUCCGUGAUCACAUCUUGCGGCUUGCCGCCAACAGCCAAAGCUUGCAACACGCCAUUUGCGCAUUGUCAGCAUGCAAUCUGCGCAUGAAGCGGAAGCUGAGCUUGGGCCAUGACACGCACGAGCUUUGGGAGAGGCUCAUGGUCGAGAAGCACGCCAUAGACAGCUUGGGCGAUGCCCAGCCAGAGGAGCCAGCACUCGCGGAAGAGUUUCAACAUCGCAACCUGGCCGUCCAUCUCCUCAAUGAGCAGCUCAACGAUCCCGUCAAGUCGGCUUACGACUCGGUCCUCGCCACUAUUUUACUCUUGUGUCACUAUCGCAUGGUUGAAUCGGGGGUUGCCAGGUUCCACACGCAAUUCGCAGGUGUCAAGAAGAUCCUGGCCAUGAGGUCGGAGCGCUUCGGCCCCUGCCGCGACUCCGCCUGGAUGGAGGCUCUAUUCACCUACUUUGACGCCAUAUCGGCCAGCAUCAACGACCGAGAAGCGCAACUGACGCCAGGGUUAGACGACGAAUAUGCUGCAGACCAGUUUCUGCCCCUUGGUGCCGAGAACCUGGUUGGCUGCGAGAGGGAGCUUUUCAAGACCAUCAGCAAGCUCGGACGCCUGAAUUUGCUAUCGCAGCAUCGACCCGUCCAGAACAUGGCGGCGACCCCUCGGCGCAGCUCAGAAGCGUCACAGCAGCCACUCAGCAUGACAUCUCCCAUGAGUCAAUCUUACAGGGAUGGCAUGACCAGGGCUCACGGCCAGCAGCCUGGCGACCUUUUCCAGAUGCCGACCCAUCGGUUUGACGGCAACGGAUUCGGCACGACUCUGGAUGACGAUGAGAUUCUCGCUUCAGCCAUGUGCACGUCGUCGGCAUUCGACGAUCGCCGGUCCCUGUUUUGGCGCGAAUGGAAGGACACGCGAUAUGCCCUGCAGAACUGGCAGUUCGACGCCGUAGCCGUCGCUGCGACGUUGCCAGGGUCUCCCAGCCCUGCCCAAAUCCGCGACCUGGAGUCCCUGUCGGAAGCUUUCCGCUACGCAGCUCUGCUUUACACGGAACGACUGGCGGGUCCAAGCACGCCAUCGAGCCACACCAAUUUUCAGAACUUCGUCAGCCAAGUCGUCUACUAUGCAACAAGCUUGGACGCUGGGAGCACCGCAGAAAAAUUUCUGCUCUGGCCGCUAUUCGUGGCUGGCUCCGAGUGCGUCAACGAGCUUCAGCAGAAUAUCGUGCGGACCAAGUGUCGCGAAAUUAUGAGCCGUUCGGGCUACAUGAACAACCUGUCGGCACUCGACAUCCUGGAGAAGCUCUGGGCAGGCGAGUUCAAGAACGGAGCAGAUCUCCGAAACAGGGCAAAGAUGGCCGGCUGCAGGGGCCCCUUCAAUUGGGCAAAGUGCUUCGGAGGGCCCGGAGUCGAGGCAGAGUGGAUCAUGUUCUGAUCCAUGGGUGCAGAUGCACGCGGGGAAUUUGGAGCCGGGUCAUAUGAGAUGGGAAGAAACAGUUUACUACCCCCAACCAAAAUCUAGGCGCCUGGGAAGACGGGAACGUGGUGAUUGCUUAUGCAUUACAUGGAGCCAUUAUGGGCAACUGGGAUCAUGGAUCUGAGUCAUUACCGCCAGGUCAUCAGUAUUCGGAGCGGUGUUCGGGAAGGAGUUCAUUGUUAUAGCCGACUUUUCGGUCUGGUCGUGUGUGUUUGCCCAAGGCGGCAGGGGUGGGGCGAGAGGACACGGCCAUGGGACACGGACGUCGCUGCCUUCUUUCCUUGUUGUACAAUGACGGCAGCAUUGCUUCGUGGCGGAAAACGGCGAAAGCAGGAGAAAGUCUGUAUUAUCUUGGUCGCUGAUGGGAUGGAGACUUAUCUGUCGGAGUCUUACUUACAGGGGAAUGAUUCAAGCCCCAUUCUCGAGUACCUACUUUACGAAGACAAUGAUGUACACACACACACACACACACACACAC